AUGUUGCGUGCUAUAGUGAAGCAAGGCUUGAGGGCCAGUUCCAGAUUGGCGGUAAACAGAAAUCCCGAUACAUCCUCGUACGUUCAACAGCUGGAGGCGGAAUGGGAAACGGCGAAGCCCUUUUCGGAACUUCCCGGCCCGACGAGGUGGCAGAUAUUUCGUGGCUUCCAAAAGGGAGGACAGUACCACCAACUGGGAAUGGAUGAAGUGAUGCGCCUUUAUAGAAAGCAGUUCGGCGACAUAUGCUUGAUACCCGGAUUAUUCGGCAUGCCUUCUACUAUAUUCACAUUUAAUGAGGCCACCUUCCAGAGGAUUUAUCGCACGGAAGGUCAGUGGCCCGUGAGAGAAGGCGCCGAGCCUGUCCUCCACUAUCGCAAAAAUCGGAAAGACGAAUUUUUCAAGGACUGCGUGGGGCUGUUUAGCAAUGGCCCGCAAUGGGGAAAAUUGAGAAGCGCUGUGAAUCCUGUCCUCAUGCAACAUCGAAAUGUGGCUAUCUACCUGAAACCGAUGCAGCGGGUCAAUCGGCAGUUUAUCAAUCGCAUCCGGGAGUUGCGCGAUAAGGAUUCCGCUGAAGUUCCCGCCGACUUUCUGAGCACUGUCAACCAUCUGACCUUCGAGUCCGUAGCGACAGUGGCGCUUGACGAGGAACUGGGACUCCUUCGGGAAGUCAAUCAGCCUCCCGGGGCCAGGAAACUUUUUAAGAACAUUGAAGUCUUCAUGGAUUCGUUUUUUAUACUGGGCAUGAAACCGUCAAUCUACAAGUACUUUCCCACACCCACCUAUAAACGGUUCAGUCAAGCUUCGGAUGAAAUCUUCGAUACAUGUUCAAUGUAUGUGAACAAGGCAAUUGAAAGGAUUGAAAGGAAAACGGCGCAGGGAAGCACAAAGGAUGAGAAGAGUGUCCUAGAGCAGUUGCUUCAAAUUGAUAGGAAAUUCGCCAUUGUUUUGGCCAUGGAUAUGCUAAUGGGUGGGGUUGAUACGACCAGCACGGCAAUAGUGGGCUUAUUACUUAGCCUGGCGAAAAAUCCGGAAAAGCAGCAAAUUCUCAGGAAGGAAAUUUUGGGCAAACUGCCGUCGACAGACAGAGAUUUCUCCUUGGAAGAUAUGAAAUCGCUGCCAUAUCUAAGGGCCUUCAUCAAGGAGUCUAUGCGCGUUUAUCCCGUGAUCAUUGGAAAUGUCCGAUCCGCCGGAACAGAUGUUGUACUAUAUGGAUAUCGAGUUCCAAAAGGAACUCAUCUUCUUAUGGUUAACAGUUUUUUACUGAAGGAUGAGCAUUUAUUUCCCCGGGCAGAGGAAUUUCUCCCGGAACGAUGGCUACGUCAAAAGGAUGGCAACGAAGACAGUGCAAAUGUCCUGAUCAACAACAGUUUGAAUCCCUUUGUUUACUUGCCCUUCGGAUUUGGGCCACGUAUGUGCGUGGGUAAGAGGAUUGUGGAUCUAGAGCUCGAGCUUACUGUGGCCAACUUGGUGCGAAACUUCCACAUAGAAUAUGAUUAUCCCACCGAAACGACAUUUAAGACUACAUUUCUUUACAAGCCUAAUUUUCCACUUAAAUUUAAGUUCACUGAUGUGAAGUAUUGACACUUCGUUAAAAAUAUAUAUUUGUUUUCUUCAUCAGGAACAAGUAUGUACUUAGGGAAACCAAUAAGAGUAAACUGUGUAGUAUAAAUUUAA